AGCGCCGGCGCGGCUGAAGGAUGCUGAAGAAGAGCAGCCUGGUGCUGUGGGGGGCGGCGCUCUUCGUCGCCUGGAACGGCCUCCUCCUCCUCUUCCUCUGGAGCCGCCCGCCCUCCUCCUCCUCCUCCUCUUCCUCCUCGGCCGAACGCGGCCGGCUGACGGAGGAGGUGAUCCGCCUGGCGCAGGAUGCCGAGGCCGAGCUGGAGCGCCAGAAGGAGCUCCUGCGCCAAAUCCACCGCUACAGCGGGCUCUGGGGCCGCCGCCGCCGCCCCCCUACCGCCCCCCCGGCCCCUUCCCCGGCUCCCCCGGUGCCCGACGCCUCCACCGUGCUGCCGGUGCUGGUGAUGGCCUGCGACCGCAGCACGGUGCGCCGCUGCCUGGAUAAACUCCUCCGCUACCGACCCUCGGCCCAACGCUUCCCCGUCAUCGUCAGCCAGGACUGCGGGCACGCCGAGACGGCGCGGGUCAUCGCCUCCUACGGCGACGCCGUGGCCCACAUCCGACAACCCGAGCUCGGCGACGUGCCGGUGCCGGCCGAGCACCGAAAAUUCCAGGGCUAUUACAAAAUCGCUCGGCACUACCGCUGGGCUCUGGGGCAGAUCUUCCGCACCUUCCGCUACCGCGCCGCCAUCGUGGUGGAGGACGAUUUGGAAGUGGCCCCGGAUUUUUUCGAGUAUUUCCAAGCCGCUUUCCCCCUCCUCCUCGCCGACCGCAGCCUCUGGUGCGUCUCGGCUUGGAACGACAACGGGAAGGAGCAGAUGGUGGACGCCGGGCAGGCCGAGCUGCUUUACCGCACCGAUUUCUUCCCCGGUUUGGGUUGGCUGCUCCUCGCCGAGCUGUGGGACGAGCUGGAACCCAAGUGGCCGCGGGCUUUUUGGGACGAUUGGAUGCGGCAGCCCGAGCAGCGGCGGGGCCGCUCGUGCAUCCGCCCCGAGGUAUCCCGCACCAUGACUUUCGGCCGCAAAGGGGUGAGCCACGGGCAGUUUUUCGACCAGUACCUGAAAUUCAUCAAGCUCAACGACCGCUUCGUGCCUUUCACCCGCCUGGACCUCUCCUACCUCAAAAAGGAGGAGUACGAACGCUCCUUCCUGCCCCGCGUCUACGCGGCGCCCGAGGUGCGGGUGGAGGAGCUGCAGGGCAACCAGCGGCGCGAGCUGGGCGCCGUCCGCGUGCAGUACACCGGCCGCGACUCCUUCAAAGCCUUCGCCAAAGCCCUGGGGCUCAUGGACGACCUCAAAUCCGGCGUGCCCCGCGCCGGCUACCGCGGCAUCGUCAGCUUCGUCUACCGCGGCCGGCGCGUUUACCUCGCGCCCCCCUCGGACUGGACGGGCUAUGACCCCAGCUGGAGUUAGCGGCUCCGUUCCGUCGUCUUUUUUUUGUGUCUGUUUUUUUUUCCCCCCCGAUUUGCGUUUUUUUGGGGUGUUUUUUUUCUCCAGGUGGGGUUUUU